AUGAUAAAUUCCGAAAGCCUUGUAUCUAUUAUCAACUUUCUUGGUAAUCCAGGAGGUGGAAAGAGUACGCUGUGUAAUAGUGUGAUUGGAAAAGUAGUAUUUGAAUCCGGUGUUAGUGUCGGAAAAGGUUUGACUACCAAAACUCAAUCAUAUAAAUUGGAAAAUAGAUUGAUAGUUGAUUCCCCUGGAUUAUCCGAUCCAGUAAUGAGAGAAAGAGCUGCUUCUUGA